ACACCUGGGAAGGUGGUCCUCCCUGCCUCCUAUAAGAAAGCAGGCUGAGCACACCGUGGAGAUCAAGUCAGCUAGCAGCGUUUCUCCGCGGUCUCUGCCUCAGUUCCUGUGUCCAGUGCCCCUUACAGUGGAGGAAGGAAUCGAACACCCAAGAUGGCAGCAUCUGAGGAGUGGAUGGAUGAGGAAGGAGGCAGAGGCCACCAACACGACAGCUCCAGCUCUGCUCAGCCACAGCCCCUUCUGCCCCAGCAGCAGGCCCCACAGCCUAGGUCCCAGGCACCUGCUGCUCCCGCGCUGACUCCAGACCACCAGCCUCAAACCACCACCACACUGGUGACACUGCCCAUCAUAGACAUCGAGAACAUACUCAGCUUUAUGUCCUACGACGAUAUUAGCCAGCUCCGCCUGGUUUGUAAAACAAUGAACUUGAUCUGCCAGACAAUGUUGAAUCGGGGUUUCCUGAAGGUGAAGAGGUACUACAGUCUAUGUCAGAAGCAAAUUAAAGCUCAGCUGCCAAGGAGAGAGUCAGAGAGGAGAAGCCACCCCUUAGCUUGCCAUGCAAACAUCCUUGAUGGCUUGGAAACAUGCCUGUCACUGCUAAAUACGACUUUCAUGGGGUACCUGGUCUCCAACCUCUGUUGCUUCUUCCCAGGAAAGGUGAUUGAUGAGAUUUACCGUGUACUGAGAUACGUCAACUCUACCAGAGCCCCUCAGCAACCCCAUGAAGUACUACAGGAAUUGCGGGAUAUCUCCUCCAUGGCUAUUGAGUACUUCGAUGAGAAGAUUGUUCCAGUCCUGAAACACAAAUUGCCAGGGUCAGUUGUGUCUGGAGGAUUCAUGGGUUCUCCUCCAAUUCCCGGACACUCUGCAGCCCUGACAGCAAUGCAGUUCUUCUCCAACCAAAACCCUUUACGACAAGAGGUUAUUGAACUCCAGCAGCAGGUUAAAACCAACAGUGCUGGUGUGACUGCCCUCAGGCGGGAAAUUUCUGAGCUCCGCACCAAAGUGCAAGAACAGCAGAAACAGCUUAAAGAACAAGGCCAGAAGCUGCUACAGCACACCCAGAUCAUAGGUGCACAGAACGCUCGGCUGGCAGAGCUGGAACGCAAGCUCCGAGAAGUCGAGGAAAGUGCAGCAGGAACAUCUUCAGGGUCUGGGCUGAAGUGAAGGAAGGCAACAGAAGACAUAGACUCUCUUAGGAAAUCCAAACGACUUCAUAAUAGAAAGUAAUUUGGAAUGUGGCUGUGGCUCCUGAGGGAGACAUCCAUGGCUGCGAGUUUAAGCACUUAUUCCUGUCACGAGGCUGGAGCAACAUGGCGUCCCUUAGGCUUCUAGGUGAUCAGAACACAACUUACACUUGGCUCUUGUGGUUGGCAUCCUUUUCGCGCUUCUCUGGUGGAGCCAAUGCACAGAACCUCCUUACUUUGCAAAAGAUCUGUACUAACCAGAACCAUGCUAUCAUGCCUGGGAGCUAACACUUUUCCUGUGCAGGUGAUGUGUUAAGUUUGUUUGUUUCAGCAUAUAUGCACAUUACAUACGGAUUUCAAACAAACCCAUUCUUGACAAACUAAAAAUUAAGUUUAACACAUAAAAUGUCCUGUUCAUUUGAAAGAAAAAAGUCUACUAUUUAAAUGGACACUAUUAUGUUAAAAAAAGUUGACUUUGUUUAUUGUAAGUGACCUUUGUCUGGAACGUCUGAGAACGUCUGUGGCAUUGAAUCGAUGGGUAAUGAAAAGGACUGCAUAGUGUUGACGGUAGCAGGGGCUCUAUAGUACUGAAUAUCUAUUUUUAUAAACUACUGGCAAGGGAUGUUUCCAGUUGCUAGAUACAUGCUUUCAGUUUUCUUUGGGGCCAUGUCCUACAUUUGCAUGGAUGGAUGCAUGCAUUGCCUAGUCAGCACACUUCACAGCUCUUACACUGGUGUUGAUCUUGAACUUGUAGAGCUAUGCCUUUAUGGGUUUAAGUGCUUAACAACUUCCUCUGCAGCCGCUUGCCUGUAGGGGAGAAUCGUCAGUCCAUUUGCCUUCCAGUUUUGCAGACACAAGAGACUGUAAAAUCCACUGAUGGUGUGUCUUCUCUGUAGGUCAGGUAUACUGGCUAAGACAGAACCCCAUAUCCAAGCCUCUUUUUGUAGAAAUCAGACCUCUGGGAGCUAGUCAUGUUUUUGACUUGUCACUGUGCUCAUGGGUCAGUCAUGACUCAAUAGGGACCUAGCUGAAGGAAAAAGUUCAUUGAAGAAAAUUGUGCCGUGAGAAAGCAGUUUCAUCAUUUCAUUUUUGGGCCAUGAGCUCUCAUGAUGCCAUGAACAGAAGCUUUAGUUUUGUUUGCCCUCUUGUUUUGAGCUCGUAACUGGAAAUGUGUGUCUUGUACUGAGUGAUCCUGAGUGAUCACUUUAACAAUCUCUGAUGUGGAGAGCCUAGAGAUAAUGGGGCAAUUAGUAGUAACCCUACUGUUGUAAAAACUAUUGGGGUGUCCCAGGUUGAAAGCAAAUAAUUUGGAAACAACUUAUUUUGUAAAACAUGUUUUUUUGAGUAAUGAACUUUACAGGGGCUUACCUUAUUUUAUUAGUUUCAAGAUGUAUGCGCUAAUAUUCUAUGUGUUGAAUUGUUAAAAUAUUCUAUGUAGCCCCAAGAGUGGGUAAAACAAGAGUUUAAUGCCUAAAUAAAUAAAAGUGUCAAAAAUA